AAGCAUCGCCUUCCAUAAAAACCUUUGGAAUAUCGCGUUCUCCUUUUCUCUCAAGAAAAACUAAUCGUCAGCGCAGUCAGUAUCCUUUCCUCUUCUUCCCAAAUUCCACAAACACUUUACCUUCCUCUCCGUUCCCAAAAACCCUAGAUCUUCUCCUCCUCCCGAUUGCCAUGGACGAUAGCUGUGCCGUGUGCGCCGACUCCCUCGAAUGGGUUGCCUACGGCGCUUGCGGCCACAAGGAGGUCUGCUCCACCUGCGUCGCCCGCCUCCGUUUCAUCUGCGACGAUCGCCGCUGCUGCAUCUGCAAGACCGACUGCGACGUCGUUUUCGUCACCAAGGCUUUAGGAGACUAUACAAAGAUGAUUAAGGACUUCUCGGUCUUGCCAUCCCAAGGGAGGGAGGGUCGCUUGGGACCAUACUGGUACCAUGAAGACACACAAGCAUUUUUCGAUGAUGUGGAUCACUACAAGAUGAUCAAGGCAAUGUGCAAGCUUUCAUGCAGUGAAUGUGACAAGCUGGAGGAGCAAUCAAUUGAUAACUCAAGGCGUCGCCCGAGGUUUCGGAACAUUGAACAGCUUAAGGGCCAUUUAUACCACCAACAUAGGUUGUCUAUGUGCCCUCUAUGUUUGGAAGCGAGGAAGGUAUUUAUUUGUGAACAAAAGCUAUAUAGUAAAGCACAGUUGAAGCAGCAUAUAGGUACAGGUGACUCUGAAGUUGAUGGAAGUGAGAGUGAAAGAGGGGGCUUUAUGGGACAUCCUAUGUGUGAGUUCUGCAGAACUCCAUUCUAUGGCGAUAAUGAACUGUACACCCACAUGGGUACCGAACACUUUAAAUGUCAUUUAUGCCAUAGUCCUGGACAAUAUGAAUAUUAUAGGAACUAUGAUGAUCUCGAGAUGCACUUCCGCCAAGGCCAUUUCCUAUGUGAAGAUGAGUCCUGUCUUGCCAAAAAGUUUAUUGUCUUCCAAUCUGAGGCAGAAAUGAAGAGGCACAAUACUAUUGAACAUGGGGGGCGUAUGUCUCGUUCCAAGCGUAAUGCUGCUCUCCAGAUACCAACUAGCUUCCGAUAUCGACGAAGUAGUGAACAAGAUAAUAGGCGUGGAAGAGGUCGGCCAUUUCGUCGUGAAUCUCAUGAUUCUUCUGAUAAUCAACUUUCUAUGGCAAUUCAAGCAAGUUUGGAGACAUCUACUGCAGAUGAUAGCACAUUCCAUGGUCCUUCCUCGUCCACUGGGCACGCUGCUUCAGAUCUUGGAGAUACAAGUGAUAUUGAUCCAAUCAUUAAUCCAUUUGAAUCCUUAAGUAUAACAGAUGCUGAAGCAUCCUCAAGGUACCUUCAAGCCUUGGGGCAAAGUUCUGGGAAAGCACCUUUGCAGGACUCUUCCUUUCCUCCCCUCGCACCUGGAAGCAGUCAAUCAACACCUAUCUCGGAUGGUUUGCCUAAUAACACCAUGGCAGCACAUCUCCGCCGUCAAAACAAUCACAAGGUGGCUGUUAGGCCUGUUAUUAGUUCGGGUCAGGCCUGGCCAGCAGCGGGGCGUGCACCUGUAGUACCGCCUACUAGUUCAGCUCAGGCGUGGCCUACAGCACAGGUUUCACCUUUAAUAUCACGUAGUUCUGGUCAGAACAAGAUGGCCUUUGGGAAUAGACAAGGACCUUCCAGUUAUGCAAAUUCUGCUCAGGCCCAAGUUGUGACUCGACAGACAACAGUUCCUGGAUUCUCAUCAUCUGGUUCUUCGCGGGAUUCAUUCAACACCAACUCUGCUAGGAUUAGCCAUUCUGCAUCUGCCCCUAAUUUGGUCGAGAAUGGAUCUGUUAAACCUUCCAUUUCCAAUUUCCCUCCAGUUUCUGCAGCACAAGUACGUAAGGUGCCCUCAACUAGCCAGCCAACUAGUCAGCCUGUAUUGAAAGUGGAUGUUCAAACUGCUAACAAGUCCUUGGUGGAAAAGAUUCGUGCUGCCGUUGAGUUUGACGAAGAAAAAUACAGUAUUUUUAAGGACAUAUCUGGGCAGUAUCGUCAGGGUUUAGUUGACACAGAAGUAUAUUUAGAUUUUGUUCGACAGUUUGGCAUGUUGCAUCUUGUCCUUGACUUGGCUAGACUCUGCCCUGAUACUCAGAAGCAGAGAGAGCUGAUUGAUGCCUACAAUAACAGUGUACGAAACAAUGGUGCACAAGAGAAUGGAUGGUCUCAGGGAAGUGUCCGAUUGAAAGAUUCUAAGAAAGGUAAAGGGAAGAAUUCAGAAACAGAAAACAGUAAGGCUAAAGGGAAGAGUCUUGAAGUGGAAAACAGUAGUUCAAAGGACACACUAGCAGAUAGCAUUAUUAAUUCUGUAAGGGAACUUCAAUCAAACUACAGGCCUUCAGAAGAAGCGGUUGAGGUGUUGUCGAAGGAUGGAUACCGUGCAGCCAAAGGCAAAUCAAAGCUGAUAGUUAAUGCACGCCAGGAGGAAUUAAAUUCUCGCAGUCAAGCCUUAACGGAGCCGAGGAGCCAAAAGGAUUCGGUACAAGCUGUUAGUGGAUCUAAUCCACAUCUAGGAGAUGGUGGUGGAGGAAGCAAGCAGCGGAAGAAAACCUCAAAAUUCCAUAGAGUUCGCUUGGGUGAUGGCUCUGCUGCAUCUCUCUUGGAUCUUAGAAAUUCUGAUCCUCAGCCAGAUGAUGGGGGUGAACAAUUAGAUGGGAGCAGUAACUCGGCCGGAGGAUUGCCCGUCCAUGGUGUUUGGAGACACAAAGCUGCCAAUAAACUUUUUAGUUAGAAAGCAUGAUCUAUGCAUUUGAUUUUGCAAAGUGCGGCAGUUACAGAGUGAACUGGUAAGUUAUGGAGAAGAGUUCGUAUUCGCACCCAUUUUUGUGACCUAUGAGUUCUCAACUCAACAGGAGUUUGAUCCUUAGUUUAUCCACUAGGUCGGGUCGGGUGGUUUUGUGUUGCAUGGUGAUUUUGACGUGAGUUAUAUAUUUAUCUGCUCACAUCUUCGUUUGUAUCCUCAUCAUGACAAGUGUUCAUAUAUACACUCUUUGGAAUGCGAAUAUACAAGUGCAAAGGUUUGAAAUU